AUGGACUACGAUAAGACAAGCAUACUUCAAAUCAUGGAACUCAAUACCAAGUAUGGAUGGAGUGGUGCCAUACCAAUUGAAGAAUUGACCGAUGUCGAAUUAUUCGCGGUGAUGCGCGAGAUGUCGUCGAUGAUGAAGUGGAUCGCGUUCUUGGUUGCAGAUGUGGUGUUUGUGAUGAAGAGGAACAUAAUCAUGCGGACGGAUUUCCCAAUCCCUCAAUUUUUCAUUGAAAUGUGCUUGAAGACGACCGGUUGCCCUUACGAGUCGUACCAUUCCGGUCUGAGCAAAGUGGAUCGACAAGAACUGCUUACCAGAUUCAACUCGGGCGGAAGCACCAGGCGUGAUGAUAAUAUCGACGAAGCUAUCGGCAUACGGGCUGAACAUUCAACACAAUUGCUCCAAUGA